GGGCUAACAAACGCACCCGCAUCCAUGCAAUGACUGAUGAAUGAUGCUUUGCACGAAUACUUAGACAUCUUUACCAUUGUCUACCUAGACGAUGUCCUGGUGUAUUUAGCAACCAAGGAGGAGCAUGUCAAGCAUGUCAAACUCGUCCUGAAGAAACUAAAGGAGUACAGCUUACUCCUCAAACCAGAGAAGUGCGAGUUCCAUAAAAACCAAGUCGAAUUCUUGGGUUACAUUAUUGGAACGCACGGCAUCAAGAUGGACCAAGCAAAAGUAACGGCAGUGUUGGAAUGGCCAACACCGACCACGGUUGUAAUGGUGGGUGCACCAGAUAUGAGAAUCUAG